AUGGUUCGCGUAGGACAAAGAUGGCAUGCUUUAAGAGCUAUCCUUAAAAUCCGCUUCGGCCCCGGUGCCGCAACACUGCCUUCCAAUGUCACGAGGAUACAUAUGGAAUUCGCCAAUCGCGCAGAAGCCGGUCACGUUGGCCCCAAAAAGUUCUGGCGCGAGAUGCUCCCCCGCCUAAAGUAUUACAACCCCGCCAUCCCGAUGGUCGUGAACCGUAAAGCCAACGUCGAGGGCACCGCCAUCAUGUCCGUCUACUUCUCCACUACUGACGCCCCCGUCGACCCGUCGACGCUCCCGCAACCCUCCUCCUCCGCCAUCGACAACAGCAAGGCACCGCAACCGCUCGAGGGCGUCGAGCGCGUGGUCAAGAUCGACAUGAAGAACAAGCACUCGGAGGAGAUCCUCAGCCACUUCCUGGCCGAGACAAAGGCCGAGGCCAUUUUGCCCGGGCCCGAGGACGAGAACGAGAUGAAGGCCGUCGAGGAACUCAAGGCCAAGGGCGAGGUGGACCGCCAGCGCAACCGCAAGAUCCGCGAGGAGGAGAAGAAGGAGAAGGCUAUGUUAGCCAGGGCACGUGCCGAGGCAGGUAGCUCGUGA